GCUGCGUUGACUUCGCGCCUCCAAAAUCCAGCGACCCACCAGCCGGCGGACCACCGAAGCCAAAGUAGACAGGCAACCGCACAGUAACAACAACAAACACACCAGUUAGUAUGGCGUACCGCUCACCAUUCGCUGCGCCGCAUGUGUUUUGGGCCAUUGCGAUUAUUAUUGGUGUUGCCGAUGCUUUUGGCUCUUCGGCUUAACUUGCUUCGUGCAUCCAUUCAUUCGGCGGACCGGAGUAGAGUGGCUUUGCUUUCGAUUGGGAACUAUAAAAGUGCGAGCAGGCGCUGCAGUAGGCAUCAUUAAACCGUUAACCGUCGAACAGUCUACAGCCUAGAGUCGUACGGAACACGUGGACUAGUGAUCAAUAGACACCCCUCGAUUAAAAACGGGAUCAGUUCUCGCCCAGUUCUCGAACCGCGUGCCACACCACCUGGGAAAACGGAUUUCCAUUCCCAUCCAUCGAAGGAUAAACGCAGCACCAUGAAGUUGAUGCGCACAGCGACUUCGCUGGCUUUGGUCCUGCUCCUGGCCACCAGCUACGUCCGGGCCGAGGACGAAAAGGCAGCCGCUCCCGCCGAGGAGAAGAAGGCUGAGCCGGAGGCCAAGGCUGCCGAGGCGGCGGCCAGCGAGGACACCACCAAGUCGAAGCGAGGACUGCACCACUACGAGGACUACCACCACCACCAUCACCACGUGCCCCACUUCCCGGUGCACGAGGAGAAGACCCUGACGGUGAUCAAGAAGGUGCCCGUGCCCGUGCCCAUCGAGAAGAUCGUGCACGUGCCGGUGGAGAAGCACAUCCAUGUGCCCGUUAAGGUCAAGGUGCCCAAGCCCUACCCGGUGAUCAAGCACAUUCCCUACGAGGUUAAGGAGAUCGUGAAGGUGCCCUACGAGGUGCCAGCUCCCUAUCCCGUGGAGAAGCAGGUCCAUGUGCCCGUCCAUGUGCACUACGAUCGCCCUGUGCCCGUUAAGGUUCAUGUGCCCGCUCCUUACCCAGUCGAAAAGAAGGUCCAUGUGCCCGUGAAGGUCCAUGUGCCCGCUCCCUAUCCCGUCGAAAAGAUCGUCCAUUACAAUGUGGAGAAGCACGUGCAUGUUGACAAGCCAUACCCCGUCGAAAAGGUGGUCCACUACCCCGUGAAGGUGCCCGUCGACAAGCCAGUGCCCCAUUACAUCGACAAACCAGUGCCCCACUAUGUCGACAAACCAGUGCCAGUGCCCGUGAUCAAGAAGGUGCCAGUGCCCGUCCAUGUGCCCUAUGAUCGCCCCGUGCCCGUCCAUGUUGAGAAGCCAGUGCCCUAUGAGGUCAAGGUCCAUGUGCCCGCCCCCUACCCGGUGAUCAAGGAAGUGCCCGUGAAGGUCGAGAAACACGUUCCCUACCCGGUCAAGAUCCCCGUUGAGAAGCCCGUCCAUGUCCACAUCGAGAAGCACGUGCCGGAGUACCAUGAGAAGCAUGUCACCUACAAGGAGCCGGAGUUCCACCACAAGCACAUCGAGGAGGACCACCACCACGCCCCCAUCCAUCACCAUUCGCAUCCCAUCGUGGAGCAUGAGCACGAGGUGGAGCAUGAUUUUGCCUCUCAUGAUUAUCAUUCAUAUCACGGCUACUAAACUGGUGAAUCGCACUCUUCUCUCUUUCUCUCCCCUUCUUUCGCUUUUCUUUACAGCAUUGAGAAUGAACUGGUAUGGCAAGCAAAGACUCUUCCAUUUCCACAAUUUCCCAAAUCAAGUUGAAAAAAAAA